CGGGCCGGGCGUGGCGCGGCACUACAGGACCCGGCAGAGCGGGCCGGGCGCGGAGCGGCACAGCGCAGCGGGGAGCGGCAGCGCAGAGCUCCGCAGAGCACAGCAGAGCGGGACUCAGCCGAGCAGAGCCGAGCGAUGUCGGGCGACCAGUCGCGCAGCCUGGGCAGGGGCAGCGCCGCGCCGGGGCCCGUGCCCGAGGGGCUGCUCCGCCUCUACAGCAUGCGCUUCUGCCCCUUCGCCCAGCGCACGCGCCUCGUCCUCCGCGCCAAGGGCAUCAGCCAUGAAGUAAUCAACAUCAAUCUGAAGAAUAAACCUGACUGGUUCUUUGAGAAGAACCCCUUUGGGCUGGUUCCUGUGCUGGAGACCAACAAGGGCCAGCUGAUCUGCGAGUCCCCAAUCACUUGCGAAUAUUUGGAUGAAGCAUUUCCGGGGAAGAAGCUGAUGCCUUCAGACCCAUAUGAGCGAGCUGUUCAGAAGAUGCUCUUGGAACAGUUCUCAAAGAUACCAUCUCUGGUUUUCAAGCAUUAUGUGGCAGUCAAAGAUGGACAGGACAGCACCGCGCUGAAAGCAGAGAUUGUUGAAAAGUUUGGCAAACUUGAAGAGGUUCUGUCCAAACGCAGCACUGUGUUUUAUGGUGGGGACUCAAUCUCCAUGUUUGACUACAUGAUCUGGCCGUGGUUUGAACGUCUGGAAGCAUUCCAUCUGAAGGACUCUUUGAGUCACACUCCAAAGCUCCAACGGUGGAUGGAGGCCAUGAAGAAGGAUCCUGCUGUCAAGGCCACGAUGACUGACCCACAGAUAUACAAAGAUUACCUCGAGCUCUAUGUGAAGAACAGCCCUGAGGCAUGCGAUUAUGGGCUCUGAGGCGCCAACAGGCCUGUGCUUGCUGAAGUGUCAGUGCUUGUUUGAGCAUGAGCUGUGGAGAUCUAGUGUAACUUGGUGUGGACUCUUCUGUAGUUGCAUUUCAUAAUGGGGAAUAAAUCUGUGUCGAAAAGGCUGGGAAACCUUCUUUGAACUCCUUCCUGUCAGGUGGAGGGUGUGCUGCCUUUGUGCAGGAGAUCGAAAGUCAUUGCUGGCCAUGGAUAUUGUGAAGAAAAAUGAUGUUCUGUUAUCUCUGGCCUUUUUUCAGACACUGCUGGCUGGCAGUCCCUGAACUGCCCCUGUUACUUGGUUUAAGAAGUUGUAAUACUGGCAUCUUGAAAAUAAAUAAA